AUGAUGAUAUUUUUUCCCUUCUACUCUUAUAUUACUUCAGAGCCCGAAUGGGUCAGUGUUAAUCUUGGUGUUCUCAUCUGCCUCGAGUGCUGUGGUACGCAUCGAGAGCUUGGUGUUCACUGUUCUCGAACACAGUCGCUUCUUAUGGAUGACUUGGGCACUAGUCAAUUAUUGCUUUGUGUUUACGAUGGUGCUGACGAUGCCGGCGAAACGUUUGAGAAUGUAUCAAGUCCACUGUCAGAUGCUGGGAAUCGUGACAACUACUAUGGCAGACGACUUCGGAUUAGACUGGUUGAUUAA